UUAAGAUUAAUUUAUUUCAAUUUUUUUAGAUGUUUUUGUUCUUAUGGUGUCCCAUAGAUUUCACCAUGCAUGUAAGGAUUUAUGAGAAUUUUUCAUCGUGACAGUCAUUUUUCGUUAACUUAUUUUAAUUAUAUUUUUAUUUAGAAAAGAAAAGCAAUUCUGUUGUCAUAAAUGUCUAUCUACGAUAAAAGGCAAAAGGGAAAACCAGGCCACAACCCAUCCAUAAUCCAGCAAAGCUAAGAACUGGUCCUUGAUCAGAACCCUCCCCAAAAAAGCGAUUUAGAAAGCAGAAGCGGUGCUUUUUUAGAGCUUUUUAAGAGAAUAAAUCUGAUUAUAUAAAAACAACAAAAGGUGAAAAGCCUACACACCAUUCCCUAAGUAUACCAUUUCAAAAAAGACUGUAUUUUUCACUCCCUUCCCUUUACUCAUUUCAUCCAUAAUGAUUAGACAAUAAUUCAAAGAACAAAUCUCAUUUUCAUUUUAUUUUAUUUUCUCUCUGCCAUUCCACUUGCUAAGAAAAAGCCUCAUAGGAACUUCUUUUCAGCUAAUGCUUGGCUCUGUCUCAAAAAAAUUGAGGAAAUGAAAGCUGAGAGAGACAGAAGCAGUAUCAUUUUGGUUUCACCAUAAAAAUUCCGCCAUUUGCUCUGUUUUUUGUUAUCUUCUUCAUUUGCAGUGAUGAUGAUGAGAUUUGAUCGCCCAGAAUCCUUGGAUUCUUUCAGUUCCAUCUUCACCCCUAAAGAGCAACCGAGCUCCACCACCAUAGGCGGAUACAGCAAGGAGUUUCAGGCAAUGUUAGACAGUUUGGAGGAAGAAGACAACAGUGAAGAUGGCGGUGGAAGCAGCGGUUCGGCACCGGAGAGAAAACGCCGGCUGAAGCCGGACCAAGUGAAGGCCUUGGAGAGACAUUUUGAAGUGGAAAACAAGCUCGAACCAGAGAGAAAAAUGAAGAUAGCUACUGAAUUAGAGCUCGAGCCAAGGCAAGUAACAAUUUGGUUUCAAAAUCGCAGAGCCCGUUGGAAAACAAAGCAAUUAGAGAGAGAUUAUGGAGUUCUUAAAGCCAAUUACGAUGCUCUUAAGCUGGAUUAUGAUGUUCUUGAGAAAGAAAAUGCUUCUCUUGCUUCAAAGGUGAGAGAGUUGAGGGAAAAAGUAAGCAGAGAAGGAACAAAGAUGAAAAUUCAAAGGGAAUUGAAAGAUGAGAAGAACUCAUUUGUUUCCACUAAUAACAACUCUUCUCUGAAUUCGAUGUUGAAUUCCUUUGAACUUUCCAGGAAAGUUUAUGAGAAUCAGACUCAGUUUACGAAGGCCAUGAAUGAAGAUCAAAGCUUGUUCAAUACAGAGGAGCCUUGCAAUUUCUGCUCUGUUGAUCAAGCUCCCUCCCUCCACUGGUAAACCCAUGUGUUCUUCCAUCUUCUUCAACUAUUAUCCUUCAUCGCCUUAUUUUUCUGUCUUGUUUAGACAAGAUUUAAAGAGUGAUUUCAUGUUGGGAUGAAAGUAUAAUAGUCCCAUGCCGAUUAAAAGGGAGAAGAUUAUUAUUAAUACAACCAUAUGAAGAGAUACUCUUAGCGUUGAUUAAAUUAAAGGCUUUUAAUGU